UGUGUUUAACUUGCAGUCACUGUCAGCUAGAAUAAGGCUUCAGGCUGGUGUUGGGUUGUCAGCCAACUGCGCAUCAUCCAUCAUAUUGGACCAGAGUAUCAAAGGUUCCUUGCAAAUAAAAAAUAAAAAGAAGGGUGGAAAACGGUGGAAAAUGAUUUCCACCCAGCUCCUUCAACCUGCCCUUCCUCUCCUUCAAUUACCCAAAACUCCUUAUCCGUCACACCCAUGGCUUCCUUAUCCUUCGCACCCCAACCAUCAUCCUUACAAAAGGCCUCUCACAAUCAAACACGCACUCGAAACUCGAGAGAAGGAGCUUCCCUCCACCUCUGCGGAAUUCUCCCUUCUUCUCCAAUCAUGCAUCGAAUCUAGAUCACUGCAACAAGGUCAGAAUCUCCACUCCCAAAUCCGCCGGCUCGGCUUCGAAAGAAAUAGAGAUCUGCUCCCCAAACUCCUUAAGCUGUAUUCUGUUUGUGGUCGAGUCGAAGAUGCCCGUAACCUGUUUGAUAGAAUUCCUAAGAGAAGCUUAAAUGUUUUCGCUUGGACUUCCUUGAUUUCCGGAUACAUUGAAAAUGGAUUGCCAAAAAAUGCUAUUAGACUUUUCUAUGAAAUGCUUGGAUUUGGAGUAAGACCGGACGGUUUCACUUUUUCUGCCCUGCUGAAAGCUUGCGGCUGUUUGGGUUUUCUAGAAUUAGCGAUUCAGUUGCAUUCUAUGAUACUUAAAUUUGGAUGUAGUCUCUCUGUCGAGAAUUCUCUUAUCCAUGUGUAUGGUUCUCUUGGGGAAUUUGAGUUCGCGCGGCGGGUGUUUGAUGAAAUGCCUCAUAGAGAUGUAGUCUCAUGGACUUCGAUGAUUCGCGCGUGUUCAUCUUCAGAGAAAUAUACAGAGUCAAUGCAACUGUUCCAUAGGAUGCAAUUGGAUGGGGGUCUAAAGCCCAAUGAAGUAACAGUUGUUUCUGUAUUGCCUGCUUGCGGGUUCUUUUCUUCCAUGAGAAGAGGGCAAUCAAUCCACGCUUACGUUAUUCGAAGUUGGUUUAAUUUGAAUUUGAUUGUCGCUGCUGCUCUUGUUUCUAUGUAUUCCCAAUGUGGAGAUCCCGAAAGCGCUUUUCUAGUGUUUGAUAGCUUAGAGAAGCGGAAUGUUGUUCUUUGGACUUCAAUGAUAGAAGGUUAUGCGAUGAAUGGGAAAUUCAAUUCGGCAUUGAAGCUCUUCAGGGAAAUGCAAGACAGUGGGUCGAAACCAAAUUAUGUCACGUUGGUUGUGAUCUUGUCUGCUUGUAGUCAUGGCGGUCUUGUCGAUGAUGGUUUGAAGAUUUUCAAGUUGAUGAGGGAUGAGUUUGGUAUUGAGCCUCAACUUGAGCAUUAUGCUUGUGUGGUUGAUAUGUUGGGGAGGGCAGGAAAGCUAAAUGAAGCAGAAGAGUUCAUUGAAAGUAUGAGUCUGAAACCAAGUGCUAGUAUGUUUGGAUCCUUGCUAGGUGCCUGUCAGGUGUACCGUGAUGUCAAGCUCGGUGAGAGAAUGGCGGAUAAGCUCUUCGAGCUCGAACCGAAUAACGCAGCUAAUUAUGUAAUCCUUUCUAAUGUAUAUGCUGCAGUGGGGAGAUGGGAUGAUGUAGGAAGAGUGAGAGAGUUGAUGGUAGUUAAGGGAUUAUCGAAAAAUCCUGGUUGUAGUUGGAUUGAGAUUAAGGACACCAUUUACACAUUUGGGGCCCACGAUAGAUCACAUUCCGACUCGCAGGCAAUUUAUAAAGUGUUGGAGAAGUUGAGCGAACUAAUUUUCAAGGCAGGAUAUGUGCCGUCGACGGAAUUUGUGUUGCUUGACGUUGAUGAGGAUGAUAAGAAGAGAUUGCUUUGUAGCCAUAGUGAGAGAUUGGCCAUUGCUUUUGGCUUGAUGAGGGCCCCACACGGGGUGCCGAUUAGAAUAGCGAAGAACCUCCGUGUUUGUGGGGAUUGCCAUGAUGCCAUCAAGCUCAUAUCUAAGGUGACCUCACGUGAUUUGAUCAUUAGAGACACGAACCGAUUUCAUCAUUUCCAUCAAGGAUCUUGUUCUUGUGGGGAUUAUUGGUGAAAACAGUGGGGAGAAUCCAUUUGCGUGCAUUCUUCUCUUCCUACAUUGAUUGUUUGUAGGAAUUAUGUGAUCCUCAACUCGAGGAUAUAGACGGUCCCAUCAAGUUUUAGUUUGUACAAGUGGGGCCCAUGGUUCAGUGGUCCAUUUUUGAUAUACUGAUUUCCAUGCUGGAUGAACCAUCUACUGAAAAUCUCACAGAUUGGAUGGUUCUAGUCACCGUUCUUGGUUCUCCAGUGCAAUGUGGACCAUUGCUGCCAUUAGCCGGUGAAAACUGUAAUACCUGUAAUACUGCUUGCACCAAGGUUACAAAGCUGCUAUCGCAGUGCCGAAACAAUUGAAAAAGGUAAAUAAAUCAUCAUUUCAUUCUUUCA